GGAAAAGGCGGAUUCCAGCUGGAAAACCUUGGAGAUUGGGUUGCUGAACACUCCCAGUACUGCUUAACGAAAAGUGAAGUGGAUUUUUCUGUUUGUUCUUCUUUUUCUAUGUACUGCUUAAUGUUUUGGGACACCGCUGAAUUUAGUUUGCCUCGUUUGGGAACAAAGUGAAGCUCUACAAACUCUGACUCAGGCUCAGAAGAAGAUGAAGAAGCUUAUUCUGCUUUUCUCACUGUUCUUGGCCCCAGCAUUCUGUUAUAAAGAAAACCAGAAAACAAAACAAAACUUUUCUUCAAACAGUACCAGUCAUAAACGACUUAAGAGAGACUGGAUAUGGAACCGAAUGCAUAUCAGAGAAGAGAUUGAUUCACCAUUACCACAUCACGUUGGCAAGCUCACAUCGAGCGUAGGGAACAAGAAUGCUAUGUAUAUUAUUGAAGGUGAAUCUGCCAACACCAUCUUUAAAGUGCAAGGGUACGACGGCGACAUAUAUGCUUUUGAGAGGCUGGACAGAGAAAAGAAGGCAGAGUAUGAGCUGACAGCGCACAUUAUUGACAGAAGAAACAACCGAUCACUGGAACCACCAUCUAAAUUUAUUAUCAAGGUUUAUGAUAUUAAUGACAAUGCUCCCAUUUUUGUACAAAAGGUAUUCAAUGGAUCUGUCCCAGAAAUGUCACGAUUAGGAACCUCAGUUACCAAAGUGACAGCUGAAGAUGCUGAUGACCCAACAGUUGCAGGUCAUGCCACAGUUACCUACCAAAUCAUUAAAGGAAAUGAAUAUUUCACAGUUGAUGACUCUGGCGUCAUUUCCACGGCCAGAGCUGAUUUGGACAGAGAGAAUCAAUCAACAUAUGAAAUCAUUGUUAAAGCAAAAGAUGCUCUCGGGCUUACGGGGGAGUCAAGCACAGCAACAGUCAUUAUCAGGUUAACAGACAUCAAUGACAACUUCCCAGUAUUCAAACACCCAUCAUUUCAUUUUAAAGUUCCUGAAAACGUUUCAGUAGGAGGAGAAGUUGGCCGAGUCGAAGUUGAAGAUAUCGAUGAACCACAACACAGACAUACAAAAUACAGUUUUGUCAGAGGAGAUUACAGGGACACCUUUGAAAUUGUAGCAAAUCCAUUCACCAAUGAAGGGAUCAUUAGACCAAAGAAGCCCUUGGACUUUGAGAAAGUAGCAGAGUACAGGUUUGACAUUGAAGCAACAGAUCACAACGUUAACCCUGCCUACUACAAACCUGGUGGCUCCAAGAGCAUUUCAACAAUUACCAUUGAAGUUACCGAUAUAGAUGAGCCUCCUGUCUUCACCAAACUACCAUAUGAAUUCAAAGUACAGGAGAAUAAUCUUGAAAUAAAAACACUUGGCUCUGCUUGGGCAUAUGACCCCGACGCAGCUAAACGGAAGAUCAGAUUUGUUCGACGAAAAGCUAGUCCUAAUGGAGACUAUGUGAGAGUAUCUGAUACUGGAAUUAUUCAGCUUCCUAAGCCCCUGGAUAGAGAGUUCAGCUCCUCAUACAACAUCACUGUGGCAGCCCAGGAAAUCCUGGAGGAUGGCCGUCUUUCUGACAGAGAAUCACACGCACACGUUCACGUCAUCGUCAUUGAUGAAAACGAUAACGCUCCAGAACUCGUUUAUCCUGAGGAACCCAGAGUGUGUGAAAAUGCUGCGCCAGGAAAGGUAAUCAUCAGGAUUUCAGCUACUGACAAGGAUGAAACAUCACCUAGAGGUUUCUUCAGAUACUCUCUAACCACAGAAGAUAGCAACUUCUCCUUGAUUGAGAACUACGAUAACACAGCUAAUAUCACUGUCAAGUAUGGACAGUUUAAUCGUGAACUUGCCAAAAUCCACUACCUGCCUGUCAUCAUCUCAGACAAUGGUGAUCCUGACCUCAGCAGCACAAACACACUUGUUAUCAGUGUCUGCAAGUGCAAUGAAAAAGGCGACUUCACUUUUUGUGAGGAAAGAGCUAAACAAGUUGGAGUUAGUAUACAAGCACUGGUCGCAAUUUUUAUCUGUAUCUUCACUAUCAUUGUGAUUGCAAUGCUGAUUCUUCUAAGGAAGAGACACAAGAAGGAUCUGAGUGGACUCAGGAGGAACGUGGCAGAGAUCCACGAGCAGCUCGUCACUUACGAUGAAGAAGGUGGUGGUGAAAUGGACACCACCAGCUAUGAUGUGUCUGUGCUCAACUCUGUGCGCAAGAAUGGAAUAAAGCCAGAAGUGGUGCCUUCUGCAUACGCACAGGUCCAAAAGCCUCCUGGAAAUACAACUUCUGGUGCUGGAGAAAUGGAAAUGAUGAUCGAGGUUAAGAAGGACGAAGCUGACAACGACAGGGAUCUGCUGCCAUAUGACACACUUCACAUUUAUGGCUACGAAGGGGCCGAGUCCAUUGCAGAAUCUCUCAGUUCUUUGGAAUCAGGCUCUUCAGACUCAGAUAUUGAUUAUGACUUCCUAAAUGACUGGGGACCUAGGUUUAAAAUGUUAGCUGAGCUGUAUGGAUCAGAAACAAAUGAAGAUUUUGUGUAUUAAGUUCACAUUAGCCACAAAAUGUUCUCCCUUCCACUACAGAUAGGUAUCAAGAGCCCGCCAAUGGCCAGAGAAGAAUUCACAGCUCUUCACCCAGGCAGUACUAGGAUUUCAAACAAGAAAACCUGAUAGCAGUAGGGAUUAAACAAACCACACAAAUAACGUACUGGCUUCCCCAGCACUGCUCUUUUUGCCAGCAUUCUGUUCUUUCCCCAGAAUUGCUGCUUGGGGACCCAGAGUCUCCUAGGACACGACUCCUCUCCCUGCCUCAAUAGAUCCUUCUCUUUAUGAAGUGGUAUUGUCCCUGGCUUCUCCUUCAUUUCUCUCAUCCUGUGCUGCUUUCACCAGCACGAGCUCAGGAUGACCUGCUGGAACAAACAGGUUUGGUGGCAGUGGGAAAGAAUGUUUUUAUAACCUCCUGCAUCUCCAGCCUGCCUGUCCUGACAGUAACAUCUUUAUUGAUACUCCACGCUUAUGCUUACCCAGCAGAGGAAAGAAGGAACAUAUGGUUUAUCACUUAAUAUUAGAAACAAUUCCAUCACUUUCAAAAAAGGCAAGAUUUUUCCUUCUUUCCGAUCUAUUAAUUAUUCUAGCUUUAUAGUCUUUGACUACAUACAUGAGUUACUGCAGAUAAAAUUAGACAGGAUUUUUAGAGGCAUAGUCUGGUUUCAUCUCUCAUUUUUAACAGCCUGAUGAUGAUUUCAGGCACUUUUCUGGAGUGUGAGAAUUUCCUCUAGCCAGCAGCAGAAUUGUCUUUUCUUUCUGUAAAUAGGACUUCAGUGUUACUCAAUGGAACAUAUCCUGCAGGGCAGGAAAUGUAGACAUCAGGGGAAUGUCGAGACUCCAGUACUGUAAAUCUUUCUGGAUAGCAGCAUAGGUCUUUCUGGAUCUCUAAAAAGGUUGAGUAAGUUUUUUAUUCAACAUUAUUAAAGGAAAUGUACUAUUUCAGGGACACACAAAGGAUGGGCCUUAUUACUGUGAAACUGUUUUAAUUUUUUUUCUAAGCAGGUACUGUAAAACGGGUAGGAAAAUAUUGUAGAGUUCCAAGCCAGGACACUACACACCUACACAUUUGUCUGCGUAAGAGAACCACAAAUGUAAGUAAGGUUUUGGAGCAGCAACUGCUCUGUCCACGGAAAGCACGUGUUCAGCUUCAUGUCUGAUGAAGAGACACACCACGAACAGAAUGAAAUUUCCCAUGCCUGACGUUACCCAGCCAAAGGCAUCUUGUUACAAGUGGGUCUCUUAGGACAACAGCCUGACUCUGGCUUCUGUCAAUGCAGAUUCCUGUUCUCUUCAGCAGGACCAGAGCCCUACUACACAAACACUCAGUUUUGCAGAAUCUGUGCUACAGCUGUAUGUAUUAGUUUAGACCAUUUGAUUAUUUAAAUUUGGGAGCUAACCACAUAAUACUAAAUCUUUUUUUUUUUUUUCUUCCUAAAACAAUGCAGUGGAACCUCAUUAGUUUCCUUUUCAUCUGUUCAUGUCCUUUCCCUCCUCCACAGUGCUUUUGUGGCAGGACACAGCAAUGCACGAUAAUACACUCUCUUCUCAGUCCACACAGCCAUAGGAAGCUGUCUACUAAAACAUCUGCUAGACACAAACACAUAACUAUCAUCAGUGAUUCAAAUCACUAACAUUUUCAAAUACGAACAAAGGGAAAGCUAAGUAGAAUCCAGCCCAUCAAUCACAUCACCUUUGGAUCAGAUCUCCUAUAAAAAAAAGGGAAUCUGAGGAUGACAGCCUUGAUUUUAUUUGUAAAUGUGUGUCCAUUUUCUACUGUUUUGCUUAAUCCAGCCAACAGUGUAUGUUAUUGAGGUUCCACAUGUUAGUAUAUUAUAGAGAAUUCUAACUAAUACUACUUACCAUUUAGGGUUUUCAUCAGUAAUUAAUGUAUUGGCAAUCAACAGGUAAAGUUAGUUAUGAAAUUAUUUAGUGUAGUAAAUAAAGUACUUCGGUAAGCAUCACCCAGAUAGUAUUAUCUGUAAUUGCUGUUUUCAAGCUUGUUUUAUAAAGCUAUUUUAAGGAAUGCUGUAUCAAUUUCCACUGUAUAAAGACAUUUGCACUGGAUAUUUUCUUUUAAUAUUGCUGUACUGUAUUUUUUCUUUGUCCCUCUGACUACAUAAAAGCCACUCUCACAUUUGGA